GUUUGAUUUUCGCAACGAAGAAAGAGCGAUGGCGUCGUUGCAACUGACCGCUUCGUCGAGCCAAUGGAUCGCCGGAAAGGGGCCUUUCGCCUGGAGAAACUCCCCUCGGACGGCGGUGCCCCGACGCGUCGCCGUGCGCCCGAUCAGGGCCGGAUCGUACACCGACGAGCUCGUACAGACAGCUAAAUCUAUUGCUUCGCCUGGGCGUGGAAUUCUUGCUGUCGAUGAAUCAAAUGCUACAUGUGGAAAGAGGCUUGCUUCAAUUGGUAUGGAGAAUACAGAAGAAAACCGCCAAGCUUAUAGGCAGCUUUUGUUGACGACUCCGGGUCUAGGUGCAUAUAUUUCUGGGGCUAUUCUUUUUGAGGAAACGCUAUACCAAUCCAGCACAGAUGGAAAGAAGUUCGUGGAUUGCUUACUCCAUGAGAAAAUCAUGCCCGGUAUUAAGGUUGAUAAGGGUUUGGUCCCAUUACCUGGAUCAAACAAUGAAUCUUGGUGCCAAGGAUUGGAUGGAUUGGCCUCGAGAUGUGCUGAGUAUUACAAACAAGGCGCACGUUUUGCCAAAUGGAGAACAGUUGUCAGCAUUCCUUCUGGACCUUCCGCUCUGGCUGUUAAGGAGGCUGCAUGGGGACUUGCUCGUUAUGCUGCUAUUGCCCAGGACAAUGGACUUGUCCCAAUCGUGGAGCCUGAGAUUCUCCUUGAUGGAGAUCACUCAAUUGAAAGAACUCUUCAAGUUGCCGAGAAAGUUUGGGCAGAAGUGUUCUUCUAUUUGGCCGAGAACAAUGUGGUGUUUGAGGGCAUUUUGCUCAAACCUAGCAUGGUGACCCCAGGUGCUGAGCAUAAGGAGAAAGCAUCCCCAGAGACCAUCGCAAAAUAUACACUGAAAAUGCUAAAUAGGAGGGUGCCUCCUGCAGUUCCUGGAAUCAUGUUUCUUUCUGGAGGUCAAUCCGAGGUUGAAGCGACUUUGAACUUGAAUGCAAUGAAUCAAGGUCCUAACCCAUGGCAUGUCUCGUUCUCGUAUGCCCGUGCUCUUCAAAAUACUGUCUUGAAAACUUGGCAAGGACGGCCAGAGAAUAUCGGAGCUGCUCAAAAGGCUCUCUUGGUUCGUGCAAAUGCAAAUUCACUAGCUCAACUAGGUCGGUAUUCGGAAGAGGGAGAGACUGAGGAGGCUAAGAAGGGGAUGUUCCAGAAGGGUUACACAUAUUAAAGAGAAUUGACAAAAUGCAAUUUUAGUUUCCAAAUAUUUCUCCUAUCAUUUGAACUUAUUUCAUUAUUUGUUUUCAUACUUUACAAUUUCAUAUUGCCACGAUUAGUAUUAUGUGUAAUUGUAGCCAAACUUCUUUUUCUUGGAUUUACUUCUUUAACUUCAGUGAAAAAAUGUAUAUUUUUUAGUAUUUCAGUAACAUUGACUAGUUGUUUAUA